AUGGCCUCGGCACGAUACAAAUACGCUGCAUCUGCGGAUCAACAACAGAACGAGGGCUGUGGACUCGACGGCAAGCGUCAAACUGGGGAAGGCGCGUAUUUAUCAGCACCACAGUCGGAAACCAACGAUGGCGAGGUGAAGAGUAUCGGAGAGCUGUCGGUGAGCACGGUCGUGAGAAGAGAAACGAUGGCUGAGGCGGAGGACACGACGAGAGCUGCGAGGGACAACGGCACGAGUACCGCGGAGAAGGUAGACGCACAGCUAAGCGAUGGUAUUGCACAAAUACGUCUUACACGUCGAAGAGAACGGAAACAAGCUAAACGCAAGAAAAUGAUGAACGUGCGAGCACGACAGCGUAGUGCCGAGCAGCAAGAUGCAGAAGAAAUACAGCGUGUUACCGUCGAGCAGUUGACCAAGCGACAACGAGUUGCAGAAGUCGCUUUAAACGAAGUCGUGGGGCGGAAGCAGCAGCUAAAUGAGAGAAAGACAGCGAGCGCGCUGAGAACCGCUAGAGUGAGUCUAGUACAACGGCAAAAACGUGCGGAGUGUGACGAGGAGUUGGCCAGUACGGACAAUGAGGUGUAUUGUGCAAGAUUCGCCAUUGCAGGGACACAAUGGAUGCAGUAUGGCGACAAAUUGGUAGACAAAGCACCCGUUGACUAUGUGGAGGGCAUUGGUGGCUUUCUCUUGGAUGUCAUCGGAGUCUGGCGAUUUAAGAUGAGCAGCGCCUUUGGCGAGAAGGUCACAGUAGACGCGUGUAUUGUGUCGGGUUGUGUGGAGGAAUUCCUCCUUGGUGUCGACUUUAUGAAGAAGUACGGUGCGGUCAUGGACUUCGAGAACAGUGAGCUACGCUAUCGAGAUGAAGAGCAAUCCGUGAUCAUCCCGUUCAGGACCUAUGACGAUAUCGGUGGAGCACGUGUGGCAAUCGUAUGA